AUGGCUACUUUGAAUGUUUUCUCUCAAACAUUGCACCCUACAAUUUCAUCUUCUUUCUGCUGUUCUUCUUCUUUUUAUUCAAAUUCUAGCUAUGGUUCUUUCUGUUCAAAUUCUAACACUUCUAAAUUUCAUUUCUUUUCCAAUUCUUCUUCCCUUUCUGCCCCUACCCUUUCUAACUCUUCUAAGACCCUUUUCACAAAGUCAGGUAGUGGAAGUUCAUGGCUGCAAAGUAGUUCGACAUCUGUCAGCAACGAGCAAAAGAAUGGUCCUGUCCAUUCAGUAUAUCCGUCAUCGCCUGCUCAAGUUUCCUCUGUGCAAGACCUGUACACAUUUAUUUGUUCAGGACCUUUGCUUGACAAAAUUGGUUUGACGCCAGAGAACGUGGCCGAGUCUAUAGAUAAGUGGUUAACCUACGGGCGACAACUAUGCAGACUGUUUCAGCUUAACGAAUUGUUCUUGACCGAGCCUCAAAAAGUUAGGCUUUAUCAUUACUAUAUACCGGUCUUCCUCUGGUGUGAUAGUGAGAUUGUUCAGCAUCGGUCCAAAUUCAAAGACGGAGAAGAUAUACCUCCUUUAGUGAUUGGAUUUAGUGCUCCUCAAGGCUGUGGAAAGACGACCCUCGUCUUUGCUCUCGACUACCUUUUCCAAAUGAUUGGCAGGAAGUCUGCAACAAUAUCGAUAGAUGAUUUUUAUUUGACGGCUGAAGGUCAGAAUAAACUAAGAGAAGCUAAUCCAGGAAAUGCACUUCUUGAGUUUCGUGGAAAUGCGGGAAGCCAUGAUCUUCCUAUUUCUGUCGAAACUCUGUCGGCUUUAACCAAAAUGUCGAAAGAAGGUAUCAAGAUGAAGUUACCAAGAUAUGAUAAAUCUGCUUUCGGUGGGAGAGGUGAUCGCGCUGAUCCUUCAACAUGGCCUGAAAUUGAAGGGCCACUUGAAGUUGUGUUAUUUGAAGGCUGGAUGCUUGGUUUCAAGCCUGUUCCAGUUGAAGCCGUAAAAUCGGUUGAUCCUCAGUUAGAAAUAAUAAAUAAGAACCUCGAAGCUUAUUAUGAUGCGUGGGACAAAUAUAUAAAGUCAUGGAUAGUCAUUAAGAUUAAGGAUCCAAGUUGUGUCUACCAGUGGCGCUUGCAGGCUGAGAUUGCAAUGAGGGAGGCAGGAAAUCCUGGAAUGUCUGAUGAUGAGGUGAAUGAUUUUGUUUCGCGCUACUUGCCAGCAUACAACGCGUACCUUCCUACACUUUACUCGCAGGGUCCGAAUGGAUCAGAUCCUCAACAUCUAUUAACCAUUGAAAUUGAUGAAAAGAGAAACCCGAUCCUAGGUGUCUAG